UAUUGUAAAAAAGAUACUCAGACCGGAAUGUGUCGUGAGCGUCGCUGAUUUCGUCGUGAGCCUAUGCCUAACCCAUAAACUUCGAAAUUCUCUCUCUCUCUCUCUCUCUCUCACACACACACACACACACAUUGCAUUCUACGCACGCGACCCGAUGACAACAAUGUUGGAAAGGAUCUCAGCUUCUUUUACAGAUCGAAAGCGUCGACGCAAUGCCAAACCGCAUCAUCAAAAUCCCGUUCCUGAUACGAAACGCGACGCCGUAGAAGGCGGUUUUGACGGAUCUUCUUUCACCGGCGCCGUAUUCAACCUCUCGACGACAAUUGUCGGUGCCGGCAUUAUGGCUCUUCCGGCUGCCGUGAAACAACUCGGGUUGAUUCCCGGUUUGGUGAUGAUUAUUCUGUGUGGUGCGUUAACAGAAUCAUCCGUUGUGAUGCUGUUGAGAUUCACACGUGCGUCGAAAUCGUCAACGUAUUCCGGUGUUGUUCGUGAUGCGUUCGGUGGCAUUGGUCGCUUCAUUUUAUUGAUUUGUAUCAUCUUCAACAACAUGGGAAUGCUAAUUGUGUACAUGGUCAUUAUCGGUAUUUUAUUUCAUUAUUUAUAAUUAUUUACUAUAUCAAAUUUAAAG